AUGACACCGAAAUGGCAGAAAGUUCUUUUUUUCUUUGCGAUUUUAGUGAGUCUUGCUUCGAUUGGGACAAUUUUGAGCUCGCCGUCUUUUUUAAAGAAGAGAGCUUUUGCGCAGGAAUUUUGCAAGGAUGAAAAAUUACAAACUCAAUGCCAGGACGUUUGCAAAGUGGAAUUUGCUCAAUGCCGACUUUUGUGUGAAACAGAAUAUUGCCAAACCAGAUGCAAGGAUGUUUCUGAAGAAUGUUUUGAGAAUUGCCCAUGCGAGGCGACAUCAACGAUGAAAAUAACAACUACAACUACAACUACAACAACUAAAGCUGAUACUACUGCCUCGAAUACUUGCGAAAAAUAUUUUGGCGAACUAACAGGAGAAUUACCAGAACAAAAUUGCCCGACUUCUGUUACAGGAAAGGAUUGCGACUGCCCUGCAAUCUUCGAAAGACAACAGGACGAAAGUGGAAACUUCAUGAAAGCUGAUUACGCGACGGCUCAUAAUCAUUGCGAAAGCAAACAAGGUUAUCUUGCCUUUUUCUUGAAUUCGGAUGAGUUCGAUAAUUACAAGGAUAAUUAUCGAGUAAAUACAGAUCAAGAAUACAUUGGUUAUUGGUCCUGUGAUCAUCAGAAUUUCAAGACAGUAGACGGCGAUGAAGCUUCUUUUACUGACUGGGACGAAACCGUGCCUAGUUAUCAAGGAGAAAACCAAUUUUGCGGCGUUCUUCGACCAAAUGGAAAAAUGGACAAUGCUCGGUGCGACAGAAGACUUGAGUUUUCUUGUCGCUUGCCUCAAGUUUGUCUGUCUACUGACACAUGCGAGGAAUAUUUUUGUCAUUAUGGUAAAAUAUGCAAUGAUCAAGUGGGCCACCGAAAAUUGGAAAGAAGUGAAUGUCCAACUUCUUACAGUGGGGAGAAUUGUGAGUGUGGUCCUGUUUUUGUUCCACAGACAGAUGCGGUUGGAAACAUUAUCAAAGCAGAUUACGCUACUGCUAAUAAAAUUUGCCGUCGCCAAGGCGGCUUCUUGGCGUUUAUUUUGGAUCGAAAAGAAUACAAAGAUUACUUAAGUUCUGUUGAUUUCUCGAAGUUUGAAGGUGAUGCCUUCAAUUAUGCCACUGAAUACUUCGGCUACCAUUCAUGUGAGCUUCCAACAUUCUACACAGAUGCUGGAAAAGAGGCAGAGUGGAUACAUGAGAAUUGGAAAGAAGGCGAACCAAAUAACCUUCAUGGAAUUGAAUACUGUGUUGUGAAUACAAGAUGGAAGACAUUUAAUGAUUAUAAAUGUACUGAAAAUCUCCCCUUUGCCUGCAGAUUUUCUAAAAACUGUUAA